GAGACGCACAUGAUAUACUUUUCUUCCUCUUUAAUUCCUUCUUUACUUGUUCCCCAGUCCAACUACCUUCUUCUAACCCCCAUUCUCCCACACCAACCAACCGACAAUGGCGUUAGAAUGGGUGGUUCUAGGCUACACCGCGGCAGCAGAAGCCAUCAUGAUCCUCCUCCUCACCCUCCCAGGCCUCCACUCCCUCCGCAAAGGCCUGAUCGCCGUCACCACCAGCCUCCUAAAACCCUUCCUCUCCGUCAUCCCCUUCUGCCUCUUCCUCUUAGCCGACAUCUACUGGAAGUACGAAACCAGACCUAGCUGCCACACACACGAUUGCUCCCCCUCCGAACACCUCCGCCACCAGAAAUCCAUCAUGAAGAGCCAGCGUAACGCCUUGCUCAUUGCUUCUGCGCUUGUUUUUUACUGGAUUUUGUACUCCGUUACGAAGCUUGUUGUGCGUGUGGAGGAGUUGACUCAGCGGAUUCAGAAGCUGAAGAAUAAGGAGUGAUUUGACUGAGUACGUAUUGUUGUUGAUUAUUGUUCUAAUUGAGGCAUUUGUGUGUUCUAUUACUACUAGUGUUGUUUAAGGCGUUUGUGUAUGAUUAUGUCACUGUGUUUGAACAAAUAACGAAUCGAUACGUAUGGAUGAUUAGGUUUUGUUGAUUUAACUACUUAUUGUUGUUGAUUACUGUUGUAAUUGAGGCUUCGUGAAUUGUGCUAGUACUGUUAUGUUAUUGAA